AGUCCGUGCUGUACUAAGCGAUCAGAAGCCACACUCCGGAACCAUGAAACCGCUGGUGCUCCUGGGUACCGCGCUUUGCGCGGUGCUCUUGGCGAAGUUUGCCAACGCAGCUAAGCAACUCAAGAUUCCCCUGAUGUACGUUGGUCAAAACAAUACGUACUUGGGGAGGUCGCCUGUGCCGGAACCUCUCAGUUGCGAUGAAGCAAUGCGAUACGUCGGCGUGGUAACCCUGGGCACACCACCGCAAUCAUUCAAGGUGCUGUUCGACACGGGCUCUUCAAACCUGUGGGUGCCAUCGAGCAAAUGCGUCGAUUCGAACAUCGGUUGCACCGGUAGAAGCAAGUACGACAAAGACGCAUCAUCUACGUACAAGAAAAAUGGGCGGCGCUUCAAGAUGACUUACGAAUCCGGAAUGGUGCGGGGAACGUUGAGCAGAGACGACCUGGGCGUGGCAGGAGUCUCCGUCAGGGGACAAAUAUUCGGCGAAAUCACGCACACUACUGGAGACGUCUUUAAAGUGGUCACCUUCGACGGAAUUUUUGGCCUCGGCUACCCGGACAUCUCCGAGAAGGACGUGGUUCCGCCGUUCGACAACAUGCUCAAGCAGGAACUCGUCACUGAGCCCCUGUUCUCAGUUUUUCUUGGCAGCACGCCCAGCCAACAGGAUGGAGGUGAAAUCCUUUUCGGCGGCGUCAACAGUGAGCGCUACACCGGAGACAUCACCUAUACGGACGUCACUAAAAAGGGAUACUGGCAGUUCAGCAUGGACAGUCUCCAGGUAGGAAGCAAGUCGAUAGUGACCAGCCCCACCGAAGCGGUGGUUGACAGCGGUACCACGGUUAUGGCAGGGCCGAAAGAAGAAAUCGAACGCAUCAACAAGUAUCUCAGAGCUACUCCAGGUCCCCGAGGGACGUACCGUGUAAAGUGCAAGAAUAUCCCUAAUAUGCCCAAGGCUGUCUUCACCAUUGCUGGCAGGCAGUUUGAAUUUGAAGCCAAAGACUAUAUUCGGCAGGUCCAGUCCCCUGACAAGGUACGCUGUUACAGUGGCUUUGAGGAGUACGACGGAACCGUUUGGGUUCUGGGACAAGUGUUCAUGCGUCAUAUUUACACCAUUUUUGACCGGGGCAACAACCGUAUUGGAUUUGCACAGGUUGCCUAAGAACAACCUGCGCAGGCUGAUGCUGUGACAAAAAGUGAUAAAGAGAGAGCUUCUCCGAGUUCAUGAGGCAUAGGU